CAUCGUGGGGGGGGGGGCAUUGGGGAUCUCAGCCUUUUAAGACUUUGGGGAUGAUUUGUGGGAGUCUCAGCUUUUGGGAUAUUGGGGCCACUUUGGGGUGGUCUCAGCCCUCAGGACCCCCAGGGGGGCUUUAGGGCAGGCUGAGCCUUUUGGGAUAAUGGCGUCCUUUUGGGGGGAGGGUCUCAACUUUAUGGGAUGUUGUGCACAGUUUGGAGGGGGACUCAGCUCUGAGGGAUAUUGGGGACAAUUUGGGGGAUCUCAGGGCUUUGGUACUCAUGGGAGGAUUUUGGGGUGAUGGGGGGCCUCAGCCUUUUGGGUUACUAGGGAUGAUUUGGGAAUGCUUGGCCUUAUGGGAUGGUGGGGGCACUUUGUGGGGAGCUCAGCUUUGUGGGAUACUGGGGCCACUUUGGGGAGUCUCAACCCUUAGGACUCCCAGCAAAGGCUUUAGGGAUCUCAUGGGAUCCCAGUGUUGAGCUCAGCUCACUGUUGUGUCCCCACGGGGACCUCUGGGGGGCUCCAAAUGGGGAUGGGGUCACUGCCACCACUGCCACCUCCCCACUGUCCCCUCAAUUCAGGUGCCUUUAUGGUGCACGUGGCCAGCUCCUGCCCGCUGGCAGCCAAUGGCUCUCUGCUGGGCUUUGACCUCACCGUGGCCUUCAACAAGAACCCCCUGGUGUGCUACGACCCCGACGUCCGCCGCUUCAACGCCUGCGAUUGGAGGCUGCUGCACAACGUGGCCGGACGGAUUGCCAGUGCCCUCAACAACGGCAGCACCUGGGUGCAGCGCGCAGAGGCGCGGAGACGGGCGUGCAGCAAAGUGGCUGCACGGUUCUGGGCACAGACAGCGCUGCGGAGGACCCAGCCCCAGGUCCGCAUCGUCCCUGCACAGACAUGGAACCCCAGCGUGCCCAUCCGCCUCACCUGCCACGUGUGGGGCUUCUACCCCCCCGAGGUGACCAUCAUCUGGCUGCACAACGGGGACAUUGUGGGGCCCGGAGACCACUCGCCCGUGUCGGCCAUCCCCAAUGGGAACUGGACCUACCAGACACAGGCGGCCCUUUCAGUGGCCCCGGAGCUGGGGGACACCUACACGUGCUCAGUGCAGCAUGCCAGCCUGGAGGAGCCCCUCCUGGAGGACUGGCGUCCUGGGCUGACACUAGAGGUGACUCUGAUGGUGGCUGUGGCCACUGUCAUGAUGGUGCUGGGGCUCGGCUUGCUUCUCACUGGUGUCUACUGCUGGCGGGCCCAGCCCCCUGCCCCAGGUUACACCCCACUUCCCGGUCACAACUACCCUUCAGGCAGCAUCUGAUGGACACCUUCUGUCACCCACUGUCCCUGUGUGUCCCCAUCCCCAACCCUGAGCCAUGGUGCUGACAUUAAAGACACUCUGCAGCCUC